GGCGAUCGAUUGUUCCUUAAGUUCAUCCUCUUUAAGGACAUCAGUAUGUUUGGAAAGAAGAAAAAAUUAAAUUUCCAGUUCAUCGGACUGUUUAAGAUCUUAGACAGAGUUGGUACAGCCGCCUAUAGACUAACACUACCUACGGAGCUAUUCCGGGUCCAUAAUGUAUUUUAUGAGUCUAUGCUAGGUAAGUACGACUCGGGUCCCUCACAUGUCUUGUCUUAUGAGCCAUUCCCACUCCAGAAAGAUCUAUCAUAUGAGAAGGUGCCGGUAGGUAUUUUGGACAAGAAGAGUAGAGUGCUUCGCAGCAGAGAAAUUCCCAUCGUCAAGGUCUUAUGGCAGAAUCACUUGAAAAACGAGGCCACUUGGGAGUUAAAAUCAGACUUCAGGACUCAGUACCCUCAACUGCUUGACUAG